AUGGCGCGCCCGCCCGCUCGCCGGCCCGCGCCCAGGGGCCUGCUACACCCGGAGCUGGGGCCGCCGUUCAGGGGCGUUCGGGCUGGGGACGCCGCUCUAGGCGAGCCGGCCGCGCUUUCAGGCUGGUCCCCGGCACCCGCGCCCGGGAUGCCGUUCUACAGGCACACGGUAGUGCCCCAGCGCCUGUGCCCGCACAACCCGCCGCAGCCGCUGACUGAGCUCCGCGACCUAAGCCACCUGGCCGCGCUCAGCCUGCUCCGGCAGCUCGCCGACCUCUGUGGCCACUCGCUGGCUCUGCUCGAGGACCUCGAGGGGCACCUGCUGGCCCUGGGGCGCCGCACCGACAGCUUGUUCCGGCGCACCGUUCGCCUCCGCCGCCGCCUUCCCUGCCGGCUGCUCGGUCCGGAGGAUGACGAGGAAGAGCUAGGUGCCUCCCAUUGGUCACACCUGACCCGAAGCCAGAGGACAAGGGAACCUCUUGAUGCAGUCCAUACAGAUAGCAGCUACUGGGACCAGUAG